CUUGCAUGGAAGGAUGUUCAUUUAAAUAUAAUAAACUAGAAUAUAAUGUAAUAAUAUAGUAAUGGAAAAAACACAUUAAUCUGUAACUAUGUAUAAAUUUUUAGAUGAAGUUAUGUUACGAAAGCAGAAGUUGUGUUAAUGUGAACAAAAUAAUACAAAAAUUAGAUAAAAUCUAAGCAGUAAUGUUUAGAAUAUCACUUCAAUUAACUAACACAUUUAAAAUAAAAAAGAAUUUAUGGGUUCAGUCACUAGCAAAAUGCUCUACAGGGAUAAAAAGUAAUAUCAAAAAUAAUGUGCUGUUUUUAAAAUACGAAGCUGAAAUUUUAAAACUAGUUAAUACAAGUAAAGUGGAUAAAUUAAUGCAAUAUGUAACGGCAUCAUAUGCUGCAAAAUUAAUAUCGAUGCGUACCAACAAUGGACUUUAUAAAUCAUUAGACGAUAUUUUAUUAAGGACUGAAAUAGAUGUUGAUAGUUGGAACAAUUUUUGUACUUCAUACAUUAAUCAUUACAAAAAGCAGAAAUGGACAAAGUUAAUAAAAUCUGACAUAAACAUAACAUCAAUGCCAGCAACAAUAUUGGGUAUAUAUGUAGGACCCACUGCAAUAACUUGGACAUUAGUAGAUUGUCAUUGUAACGUGUUACUUUGGGAUUCCAUAAUUUGGCAGAAUAACUCUGUGAAAUAUAAUAUAAUCAACUCGGUACCACUUUUUGUCGAACAAUUACCACUAUCGAGUGCUUAUGUGAUAGAAGAAUCUAAAUUUAAUAAAAAAUUACGUUAUUUUUCAACUGUUUUACAACAUCAGAUAACCAGUUCUAUUGCAAGCUGUAUUAAAUUAAUGAUAAAUCAAAGAACAAAUAAUUCGAAUUCAUCAGAAACUAUUCUGUACAUAUUAAAAUCUUCUGCGACAGCGCAUGUUUUUAAUCUUCUGAUUGCAACUGAAAUGAUUACUGUAGACUAUGUUAUGAAAAGAAUACUAGAUGAUACCAAGAAAGAUGAUGAAUUGUUAUGGGAUAUACACAUACCCUAUGAAUUAAAACAAAAAUAUAUGAAAAAAUCCGCAAAUGAAAGAGAACAGAUGGGCCGGUCUCUAUUGACAUCUGUAGCUUGUUUACAUAUUGUUAGAAGUUGUAUAUCUUGAUGUAUAACCUAAUUUCAUUAAUACAAUUUGUUUGUUAAUUUGUUAAUAAAAAAAAUGUUGUUAAUUAAAAAUUUAAUUUAUACAAAAAAUCUGAAUAUCACAGAAAUUUUAAUAAGAAAGCCACUAGGUACGAAAAUAAUAAAAAAGAGAAUGAAAAAGAAAGGAAAGAUGUUACUGUGUUACAUGUGGAAGAAAUUAAGAAAAAUCAUGCUUUUAUUAGCAGAAAGUAUUCUGUUACUUAUGUUUGUCAAAAAAAUCAGAUUAAUUUCGUGUUAAUACACUAUCUUAUAAUAUUAUUUUAUUGUAUAAAUAGAUAUAAAUAAAUUAAAUUCAAUAUAAA